AGGGUUUUAGCACAAAGUUCUUGUUUUCUGUGGAUUCGAGGGAUGGACAAGUUUUCGGGUCGAUGUUCGCUGCUCUAACAUUUGGAGUAUGAAGAUGAACAUGAAGAAAUUUCUUAAAAAGCUGCGUAUCACGCCCAAUCAACGAGACGAUGGUGAAGGGUCAGUCUCAAACAGAAGCAAUAAGUCUAGUGAUGCAGAACCAUCUCCUUCAGAUUCAUUGAGGUCUCAAGAUAACACUGAAUUCAAACCCUUUUCGGGUUUAUCAAAUUGGUUAAGCUCUGUUGCUCACAGAAAAAGCCCUUCUUCUUCCAAUGCCAAUAGCAAAGAGGAUGAAACUACCAUGGAACAUGGUGGUCCCGUUGGGUCGGAAUCUGGGAGGAUGCAGGGUUUGGGUUCUAGUGGUAAUUCCAAGGAUCCAGAAGUUGAGGAAGAAUAUCAGAUACAGUUGGCUCUGGAGCUAAGUGCUAGGGAGGAUCCUGAAGCUGCUCAGAUUGAGGCUAUGAAGCAGUUCAGUUUAGGUUCUCGUCCUUCUGCUCCCGAGAAUUCUCCUGCUGAACUCAUGGCAUAUAGAUAUUGGAAUUAUAACUGUCUUGGCUAUGAUGACAUGAUUGUGGAUGGUUUCUAUGAUCUGUGUGGAGUAAUGAAUGAAUCUUCCUUAGAAAGAAUACCUCCCUUAGUUGAUCUUCAGGGGACACUUAUGUCAGAUGGUGUAACUUGGGAUGCUGUUCUAGUGAACAGAAGCCAAGAUUCGAAUCUGUUGAGACUUGAACAAAUGGCUCUUGAUAUUGCAGCAAAAUCAAAGUCAGCGUCUUCGUCAGGGUUUGUGAACAGCGAAUUGGUAAGGAAACUGGCAGUUUUGGUUGCAGAUUACAUGGGUGGACCAGUUGUGGAUCCAGAUAGCACGUUAAGAGCUUGGUGGAGUCUGAGCUACAGCUUGAAAGCAACUUUCCAUAGCAUGGUUUUGCCCCUGGGUUCUCUAACUAUUGGAUUGGCUCGUCAUCGUGCCUUGUUAUUCAAAGUUUUGUGUGAUAGUGUCGGUGUUCCUUGUCGAAUAGUCAAAGGACAGCAAUAUACCGGUUCCGAUGAUGUGGCAAUGAACUCCAUUAAGACUGAUGAUGGCAGGGAGUACAUUGUUGAUCUUAUGGGAGAUCCAGGCACGCUUAUCCCCGCUGAUGCAGCUGGACUACAAAUGGACUAUGAUGAUUCUGUCUAUUCUGCCAGUCCCAGAGAUGUUGAUUCAUCUCGUGUAGCUUCUUCCAGCAGUGGGGUCGAGAGCUCAAUUGAAGAACACACAGAAACUUGGUCAGCUGAACAUCGCUCUAAGACCAAGGGUUCUCGGGAGGAAAACCAAUCUGCAGGUGGAGGGGAUCUCAUGAUUCGUCCAAAUAUUUUCAGGGAAGUUGUGGGAAGUCAAAAGGCUCCUGUUCAACAUCUUUCCAGCAAGCCUACUCAUUCUUUCACUCAUGCCAGAUCACCUUCUUGGACUGAAGGUGUUAGCUCUCCAGCUGGACGCAGGAUGAAAGUCAAAGAUGUUUCACAAUAUAUGAUCGAUGCUGCCAAAGAGAAUCCACAAUUAGCUCAGAAGCUUCAUGAUGUGUUGCUUGAAAGUGGAGUUGUAGCUCCUCGAAAUUUAUUUUCGGAAGUCUAUUCAGAGUCAAUAGAGGCAACAGGUGAAAUCAAAUCUGUGGCUGAAUCCAAUGAUGAGAAAGGGAAAGAUUUUGGAACAAUCCAGCAAGGAAGAAACCAGAGCAAUCUUGUCCCUGUGAGGUUUUUGCCUCCUCUUCCAAGACCGCAAUCUAAAGCAAAUACCCAUGACCUGCGUGAACAUUCAGGACCUGGACUCGGUCAAUUGUCUCAUCAUUGCAAUAUUGAUGGUCAGUCUGAUUCGUCACAUUCUGAAACAUCUACUGACUAUCCCAGAAAUGUUCCUGUUGCCGUAGCUGCAGCGGCUGUAGUUGCAUCUUCCAUGGUUGUUGCUGCCGCCAAGUCAGCAAACUCGGAUUCCUCCACUUUAGAACUUUCUGCCGCAGCUGCUGCUGCAGUUGUGGCGACAGCUGCAGCAGUGAGCAGGCAGCUUGAACUAGAUUCACUUAGCAACGGGGAUGCUGGUUCUGGUGGGCUUCACGGGGUAGAUUCAGGAGGAGAACGAAUAUCCGACAGAUCUACUGGCAAUGAAAGUUCAAAAUCUGAUCCUGCAAAUGAUGAUGUGGCUGAAUGCGAGAUUUUGUGGGAGGAAGUUACUGUGGCUGAGCGUAUCGGACUGGGAUCAUACGGAGAGGUUUAUAGGGGGGAUUGGCAUGGAACUGCAGUGGCUGUCAAGAAGUUCAUUGACCAAGAUAUUACUGGAGAGGCACUGGAGGAAUUCAGAAGUGAGGUCCGGAUGAUGAGAAGGCUCAGGCACCCUAACAUUGUUCUCUUCAUGGGAGCUGUAACCCGCCCACCAAAUCUCUCAAUUGUUACAGAAUUUCUUCCUAGAGGUAGCUUGUAUAGGUUAAUCCACAGGCCUAAUAACCAAUUAGAUGAGCGAAAGCGUCUGAGGAUGGCUCUUGAUGCUGCUCGUGGAAUGAAUUAUUUACACAGCUGUAAUCCGGUAAUUGUCCAUCGUGAUCUUAAAUCUCCAAACCUACUAGUUGACAAAAACUGGGUUGUCAAGGUGUGCGAUUUUGGGUUGUCUAGAAUGAAAGUAAGCACAUACCUCUCUUCAAAGUCAACAGCAGGCACGGCCGAAUGGAUGGCUCCAGAAGUGCUUAGAAAUGAACCCGCGGAUGAAAAGUGUGAUGUGUACAGCUAUGGAGUCAUUCUCUGGGAACUCUUUACGUUACAGCAGCCAUGGGGGAAAAUGAACCCAAUGCAAGUGGUUGGCGCGGUUGGGUUUCAACAUCGACGACUUGAUAUCCCUGAUUUUGUCGAUCCUGAAAUUGCAGAUAUCAUCAGGAAAUGUUGGCAGACGGAUCCAAGGUUAAGACCAAGUUUUGCAGAGAUCAUGGCUUCUCUAAAGCAGCUACAGAAACCUGUGAUGGGUCCAAACAUCCAGAGAGCAGCAGUUCCCAGUUCUUCUGCAUUGACCACUGAUGAGCAGGAACAAUAACAUCAUGCUUGAAGAAGAUGACUAAAUGAUGAUGAUGUUGCUGAUGGUGGGAUCAUUCUUUACAUAUUAUGUUCUGUGGCGUGCUUGUUCAUGUGUCUUCCCCAUGUUUUGUUUACAAAUUGUAAAAAAAGAUGAAUGCAAAA